ACCAGCUCUCGACUUUCUCCCGACGACCACCGACAUCACCACCCUCGCACCACACACACCAUGCGACCCGCGCUGAGACUAUUGAACACGAGCCCGACCCUCCAGGGCGGUGCUGGACUAUGGAAGAGCGGCGCUCCCGGCACACACGUCUGGCGGAAACCUGUCAAGGUUGACACCUACAAGAGUCCCUACGGCCCUCAAUACAAGAUCAAGCCACACGUCUUUGGCGUGGAUGCAGGCAAGGGCUACUACUAUGGCACACUGGCAGCUGGCUUCGGCGUUGCUGCUGGAACAUUUGCGAUCAUGUUUUUCGACGCUGUGCCCAAGGUGAAGCAGGACAUUUUGGAGAAGAUUCCGUUCAUUGCCAGCUUCUACCACACUGAAGUCGCACCAGAAGAUAACCCAUUCUAGAUGUGGUGCGAUCACGAUGCAGCGUUUGCGGGUCUCGAGCGGAAUAGAUGUAAAUAAGAGCACGGACACUGUAUUCUAAGGAGUUUCCUUCACACAUCGAGUUGCUUGUGGUUCGAGACACGACAUGGAUACGGCUCACGGUAUCGAGGGCAGUCCUGAAAGUGCGAGUCACCUCGGAUGUCAACUGACGAUAUGAGCAAUGCAUAUUUUGCACUGUACUGACAACUGAUUUAUGCAUCUAGUUCGCCUUAUGUACAUGAACAGCGCAGCACGCCCGUCAUGACGAUAACCUGGGAAGGCCUUCUGCUCGCCUCACUUCGGGAGGGGGUAUCAAGCAUUGGCCGCCCCUGGUGCACAGAUAUCAAUUCUCUGCCACCGCUGCACGUCCUCGCUGCAAGCACUUCGCAACGACUCCAGAAUGUCUCUGGCUCGCACGCCUGUAUCUCGCCUUACCGUCAUUGUCAGAACGACCGG